AUGAGGGAGAGAGUCAGCAGUCUCGACGAGGUAGGCGAACUCGCCCUGGCCCACGUCUCCGCCGAUGGCUACGUCGGGUCCGACCUCGGCGAAGAGGGCAGCCAGCGCUCGUCCAAGCUGGUGUUGCUUCGUGCUAUUGAACGGUGGACAGUGCACUACGACGGUCCCGAAGCAGCGGUGAUGGUAGAAACACAGCAGGGCUACUACAAGCUGCUGCAACCGGCUCCCGCCUACGCCAACGCUUGGGCGAGCUUCCAAAGGAAGGUCGAUUUGACCCACAAGAUCGUCAACCUGGUCAAGCGGGAGGACGUGUGCACGCUCCCCUUCGAAGAGGUCAUGAAACGACUUGUCGUCCCAGGAUCCCUGGGCCGACAAGCAGACGAGACGAGCGUGGAAGAGGGGGAGAGUGCGGACAAAAUGGAGGUGGUGGACCUGGAGAAGGACGCUCCCGCCAACAAGAAGGGCUUCACCGAGGAAGACGUCUACCAGCAUGGCAACUGGGUGAUCGACCAGAUCCAAAACUUCUUGGUAGGUCAAAUGAACGAACAGCUCAGCAACGUGUUGCUCACGACUCCCUUCAUGGCGAGGCUGAUGGAGGUCAUCGACCAAAAGGCCGAGGAAGAGGAGACCCGUAAGGAGGAGGAGGAACGCGCGGAGAAGGAGCGGACCAAGGAAAAGCGGAAGCGUGGAGUGGACUCGGAUGACGAGACCGAAGACGCCGACGAUCCAAAGGGCAAAGGCAAGGCCAAGAAGGGCAAGGGCGAGGAGGUGGAGCGAGCCGCGUUGAGCGAUGAUGACGAUGACGCCUUCGAAGAGCCCAAGCAUAAGAAGCGGAAGCAGGCCGCCACUGGCGGCAGCAACGGCCACGCGUCGGUGAUGCCCUCGAGCGGGUUCUCGCUGCUGUCGCGUACCGACCUCGACCUGUCGAAGCACUACGCCCACCAGGAGACCGAGAUUGAGGAGGUCAAGGUGGAGCUCAUCGACGAGUUUCUCGCCGCCGAGACCACCCAGGGUGAUGAACAGCCCUGGCGCGUAUUGAACGACUUCACCAUCUACGACAUCUCCGACGACAACAGGAUCUGCUCGCUGGAGACCAUGCUGCCGUUGGUCGAGACCAAGAAGAGGUCGAAGAACGGAUUCGAAGAGCUGCGCGCGUCCGGCACGGCCGUGCCCUACUCGGAUGAGAUCGAUGAAAACGAGGACGACGACGAUUCAGAAGACGAGGAAAACGACGAAGACGAAGCCUCGUCGGAGAAGAAGGAGGAGAAGAAGGCCAAGCAGAAGAAACAGCAGCCGGGCUUUGACAUCGCGCUCUCCACCAUCUUCUACUGGGACAUCUACCCGGAUGGAGCCGUGUGGUUCAGGACGGAGUACGCCCACUACAAGCUGGGAGAGCCCUCGGACAAGUAUCAGCACAUCUGGCGUCCCUUCCUGCAGAAGUAUCAGAUCGGCAAGCGCAUCAUGAUCAUCAUGAACCAGGACCCUUCGAUCGCUUACGACAAGAUGAUCGAAACCUUGCGUGACCCGUACGGCGAGUUCCCUUCGUUCUCGGAGAAAGACGUGGUGAAGCACAUCGACCACAUCUUCGAUGAAGCGUGGGGUUAUCUUGACACGGAGGACAUUCUCAAGUUCCCCUUCUUCCAGGGCCUCGACAAAAAGAAGAAGGGCAAGAAGGGUCGCGGCAAGGACGCCGCCCGGGCAGCCCACGCGGCUUCCGAGGCCGUGCGACGAACAGCCGCAGGCAAGAAGCUGGAGAGGACUCCCGCGACGGUCACGCCGCUCGUCCUGCGCGAGGUGAACAUGGCCGCGGAGCUGGAAGCCGAGCAGAAGCUGCGUCGCAUGGCACGAAACAAGAAGGCCGCACUCCAGUCCAGCUCCUCGUCGUCAUCAUCGUCUUCUGGAUCCACGCCCGCUGGUGGUGAGGCCACAGACGAAGCGGGCGACACCUGUACGGCCACUAUCAAAGCUGCGAGCAAGCCCAAGACCAAGCCUAAGCUCCCCCCGAGCGAGUUCAGCUGGCAGGGCGAGUCGACGCAGACGCUCAAGAUCGGCGACAAGUGCCGCGUAUUCUACGAGUCCCUGGUGCGACGCAACGCAGGCGACGCGGCGACUUCCGCGGGCGAGUGGAUCGACUUGGGCGACUUUGUCUACAUCGACCAGGCCGGCGUGCGCACGCAGGACAGGAUCAAGGCCACCACCGUGGCAGCCACCGACGACGUCGACGGCAAGGCGUGCCACAUCUACCGCGUGAUCUACAUGUGCGAGGAGCAGGGCAAGAAGGGCGGCACCAUGUCCGUGCACGCGCGGCGGAUGCUCAAAGGCCGUGAGACGGUACUGCAGGAGGUGGGCGGCUCCGAGGAGCUCUUCCUGUCCGACAUCUGCGAGACCAUCGUCGUCGCGCACGUCGUGCGCAAGGUCAACGUCGUGUUCAUGCCGCCCGUGCCGCAAGAGCAUCCGACCUACGACGACAAGGAGACCUACUUCUAUCGCUUCUACGCCGACCUCGAGACCGGCGCAUUCGAGGACGCGCGCAAGCACGAAGUCCCGCCACGAACCGACGAGGAGAAGGAGGGACUCGUCAUCGACACGAAGCACUUCUGUCACUCGUGCUUCACCAAGAGGCGAAAGGAGCAGGCGGCUAAGAAGAGAUGGCUGAACAAGCCGAUCAGGGUGGAUGGCGCCAAAUCGUACUACAACAGCUUCAUCUUCAAUGGUGUCACCUACCACCAGCACGACUUCAUCUACCUCGUGCCCAACGACAUGAAGGAGAACGUCAGGAAGGAGGGUCGCGAGAUGCCGGCGACGCCCUACGAGAUCCAUCAGAUAACGAAGCUGUGGAGCGCCAACCAAACGAGGUACGUACGCCUUCGGCGGCUGUUCCGCUUCGGCGAGCUGCCGCGGAAGGUGCGAGACAGCCUCAACCGCGACGACCGUGAACUUUUCUGGUCGUAUCAGGAGAAGAAUGUGAGGCUCGACGACGUGCCCGUCGAAGGCAAGUGCCUCGUUAGGCAUAUCGCUGACAUCGACGACCUCGAGGCCUAUCGGUUGGACGACUGGCACCGCUUCUUCGUCCAGACCACGUACGACGCCGCGGCCAAGUUGGUGGAAGACCUCGACCCCGCCGAGGUCGAGUUGGCCAAGGACACUCUGGCGUCGCUGGACGCCCAGCGCGAGAAGGCCACGCUGGUCCGUCAGAAGCAGGAGCCCAUCCUCGCCAUGGACCUCUUUGCCGGCUGCGGAGGUUUCACCCACGGCCUGCACGCGUGCGAGUACAUCAAGACCACGCACGCCGUCGAGUGGGUGGCCUCGGCUGUGAAGACCUUCAGAAACAACCGCCCGGACACGAAUGUGCUGCACGGAGACAUCAACGCGCUGCUCAAGCAUGCCAUCGAGCGACACGAGGAGGCCACCAAGACUGGCAAGAAGGAGGCCAUGGAGGCCAACCAACUCCCGCCCAAGGGUGCCAUCAACUUCAUUUACUGCGGCCCGCCCUGCCAGGGUUUCACGGGAAUGAACCGGUUCCCCAAGGCAGACGACGUGCUCAAUUCGCUCAUCGCCACCACCCUGUCCUGCGUCGACUUCUACCGCCCCACAUAUUUCCUGCUCGAGAAUGUGCGCGGCAUGGUCGACUUCAAGCUGGGCGGCGUGCAGGAGACCAAGGCGCGCAUGUCCGGCGGCAUCAAGCUCGGCGUAGUCAAAUUCAUUCUCCGUGCAUUGACCGCCAUGGGCUACCAGGCCCGCUUCAGCCUGCAGCAGGCGGGAAUGUACGGCGUGCCGCAGUCGCGGCGUCGUUUCUUCAUCUGGGGCGUGCUGCGCGGGCACACGCUGCCUCAGUUCCCGCAGCCGACGCACACGUUCCCGAAGCCCGGUUCGCUGUCGAUGCUGCUGCCCAACGUGGGCGUGCGCCUGGAGCCCGUCACGGCGCGCAGCGCACCGCAUCGCUACAUUUCAGUGAGCGAGGCCAUCUCCGACCUUCCGGCCUUCGAAUACGAUGAGCCGGAGGAGCCCAAGGAUGAACGAAGCAGGUCGGGUCCGCACAAAGAUAAGUGGAUCGGAAGCGAGGUGCGCGAGUACGACGCCGAGCCUGAGUCCGAUUUCCAGAAGGCCAUGCGCCGGCGAACCAAGGACAAGAAGCUCUACAACCACGUCACCAAGACCUUCACCGAGAUGAACGUCAAGCGCAUCUGCAACGUGCCCAAGCGGCCAGCGGUGGGCGAGCCCUAUCCGGACAACCCGCCCUUCUACGACCACCGCGACCUGCCCCCCAGCCUCUCGCCCUGGUGCCUCUCCAACCCCAACUCCAAAGCGGCGAAGCAUAGGAUGUGGCCGGGCCUGUACGGGCGGCUGGACUACCAGGGGUACUUCCAGACGGCCCUCACCGAGGUGUGUCCGAUGGGCAAGCAGGGCAAGGUGCUCCACCCCUACCAGAGCCGCGUCAUCACCGUGCGCGAGCACGCCCGCUCCCAGGGAUUCCCCGACGACUUCCGCUUCUACGCCGAGAGGGACAACCUCAAGGACAUGCACCGACAGAUCGGCAAUGCAGUGCCACCGCGUCUGGCCUCUGCGCUCAGUCGUCAGCUGGCCCGCGCCAUCGAGCAAGACGUCGACGACGACGACGACGACGCGCCCACCACAUCCUCUGCCUCCUCGUCCUCUUCAUCAUCGUCAUCGUUAUCGUCAUCUGCAUGA